AUGCUCGUUGUAGGAGCGCAAAGCUCACCUCUUCUGUCCUCCUGGUGGUGGCUGGCACUUUUAGUGCUCCCACUCAUCUCUACUUCUUCUACCUCUUCUUCCUCCUACUCAUCUUCCUCUUUCCCAACGUACCAGAGGGCAGCAGGAGCAGGCGGUACUCGGACGGGCUUCCUGGGAAGGACGCUGGUUCUGUUGGAUGUCAAUACCCGGAGUCCCACCCGAGUACUCAACGACAACUUUCUGUCUCUACAACUGGACCCGUCGAUCAUCAGCGACGGCUGGCUGGUCUUCCUCAGCUCCAAGCGUCUGGUGACCCUGGCGAGAGGCUUGUCUCCUGCCUUCCUCCGCUUUGGUGGUAAGCGGACCGACUUUCUGCAGUUCAACAACCAGAAGAACCUGGCUAAAUACCGAGGCCCCGGGCCGGACUACUACCUGAAGAACUACGACGACGACAUAGUCCACAGUGACAUUGCAAUGGAUAAGCAGAACGGUUGUAAAGUGUCAAGCCACCCUGACAUCAUGCUGGAGCUGCAACGAGAGAAAGCAGCCAGCACUCAUCUCAUCCUGCUUAAGGAGCAAAUAUCCAACAUCUACAGCAAUGUAACAAUAACAGCCAGAUCUUUAGACAAAUUGUACAACUUUGCCGACUGUGCUGGUCUGCACCUAAUCCUGGGCCUCAACGCGCUGCACAGAAACCCCGACAACUCCUGGAACACCUCCUCCACGCUCACCCUCCUCAAGUACAGCGCUGGCAAAAAAUACAACGUCUCCUGGGAGUUAGGCAACGAACCAAAUGCCUACCGCAGCAUGGUAGGCCGUGCAAUUAACAGCACCCAGCUGGCUCAGGACUACACAGAGCUGCGGACCCUUUUGCAGUCUGUGCGCUACUAUAACCGAGCUCAUCUUUACGGCCCAAACACAGGAAGACCGCGCAGGAAUGCCAUUCUACUGCUAGAUGGAUUCAUGAAAGAUGCUGGCUCAGUUAUUGAUGCAGUUACGUGGCAACACUAUUUCCAGGAUGGAAGAGUGAAAAAAGUGGAAGAUUUCCUAAAAACACGUUUGUUGGAUACACUGAGAGAACAGAUCACUAAGGUUUCCAAGGUGGUGAGCACACAUACACCUGGUAAGAAGUUGUGGCUUGGUGGACUGGGUCCAGCAUGGUCAGGAGGCAUCAAUAAUCUCUCGGACACGUUUGCUGCUGCUUUCCUGUGGGCUAACACGCUGGGAAUGGCUGCUGUUCACGGAAUUGAUGUCGUCUUGCGUCACUCCUUCUUUGAUUACGGAUAUACACAUCUUGUGGACCAGCAUUUUAACCCUUUACCAGACUACUGGUUUUCCCUGGUCUUCAAGCGUCUGGUCGGACCAAGGGUCUUAGCCGUGCGAGUGGCUGGACUUCAAAGGAAGCCGCAAAAAGGACGAGUUAUAUGGGACAAGCUGCGCAUCUACGCACAUUGUACCAGCUACUCAAAUCACAACUACAUGAGAGGAUCCAUCACCAUCUAUAUCAUCAAUUUACAUCGCUCACGAAAGAAAAUCAAGUUGGCGGGCACACUACGGAACAAGACUGUGCAUCAAUACCUUUUGCAGCCCUAUGGAAAAGACGGACUUAAAGCCAAACAUGUGCAACUGAACGGCGAGAGGCUGUUAAUGCUGGACAAUGAGACCUUUCCGGAAUUGAAGCCAAAGACGUUGCGGGCAGGACGGACAAUAGCCAUGCCUCCCUUGACCAUUGGCUUCUACGUUGUCAAAAACAUUAACGCAUACGCCUGCCGAAGAUAA